AUGGCCCGGUACAGGGCGUUUUCGAGGGGCUACAAGGUACAGUUGCUGCACGCCUGCUCCCUGGUGGUGGAGGAUGCCAGCGUCGACCCGGUGUGGCUGCAGCUCCCCGGGCGCAGCAAUCAGAUGCCAGCCAUGAGGUGGGUGCAAUCUGCUGCCACCAUCGUGUCCGAGAAGGUGCAAUACACCCAAGCGGACACGCCCUUCAUGGCGGGCCUGACGCUGGCGGAGUUUGAGCUCUUGGUUCCACGAGGGCACGUGCGCUACAAGCAACCUGGGCUGCCAGCCACUACGCUGCACCGCCACUGCCGCAACGAGCGCGCUCCUGGAACCAAAGGGGAAGCAGAGUUUGUGCAACUGGGGCCUGAACCGGAGACCCAAGUACGGACGUGCUCACUGCAGUAG